ACCUAAUUCAGCCAUGUCAUUCCUAAAAAUAGACAAACGCGGGUAUAGCCACAAAGCGAAAGUACAAGUAGCCAUCACACGAAGGUCGUGAGGAAAUAUCCCUUGGUACAACAAUGGAAGAUAUACACGAUAGACAUCUCCAUUUCCGACAAUUUGGUCCAGGGACUGCCUUUGUUAGUGACAGACAGUGUUGCAUUAUUGUUGAUAUCUGCACGAACUAUGCUUGUAUUGACAGAUUACAUACUGCAGAGUGUACAACACUGUUUCACCUGCACUGGGAAGACACCGACAGUGGGAGUGAGACAUCCAGUAUCACAGUGACCGAGGCCAAAGCACAGCACGAAUCUACAGUUAUAACCCCUUACCUUGUUAGCAACCUCCUCAAGGAUCAAGCAGCAUUACAUGAAUUCACGAGCACGAUGCUGACUGCACACCGGGUUAAGCUGAUCCACAUGGAAUACGCUCCACUUGCUAUGACGUUCGAGCACUGUGGUGAUUCAGACAGAGAAGCAUUGAUCUCCGUGAAGCACAAGGUUCUCCUGUUGGUGAAAGAAUUCGUAAAACAGUCAACAGGAUUUGAACGUUUGGAAACAUUGAAUAUUGAAAUACAUGAAGGAAAACCAAUAUCGUUUGGAAAUUUAACUUAUCAGUGUUGCAUGGCAAACGUUGUGGGAAUAGCGUCUUCAACAGGACACAAGGAAACACCGCACGUGAUUCCAGAUACGAUAGAAAAGAGAUUUAAUAGUAUUGAAGAGAAGCUUUCUCACCAAAAGAAAUUCAUGGAAUCUCAAUUUGUUGGUCAAGAUAAACAAUAUGAAGACAUUCGAUUGUCAUUAUGCAACAUUUCUGCGGCUAUGAGUGAUAAUUCUCACAACCUGUGGAAGGUAAACUGUGAACAGAAGGUUCAGCAAAAUAUCCUCGAUCUCCCUGAGACCGAUCUUGAACGUUUGGAUUCAAUUUAUCCUUCCGAAAGAGAUAUACUUACUGAUGAAGGGGAAAAGACAAAUGAACUGCAGAGAGAGGACAUGGUGGGUGUGAAUGACAACCGAACUACUGUAGAUGGGGACACUGAGAUGAAGGUAGAACAAGAUAAACAUGAUGACAAAUCAGAGCGGGAAAACAACUGUGUCGAUGACGAAGCCUGCCCUCGUGAAGUAGACGUGAAUGGAACUUCGUUUGGCAACAAAGGUGAAAAUCAUCAGCUUGAACAUACUGCCCAAGACAUCAAACAGAACCCAGUUCCUCAACAGAAUGUUCGAUUUCAAUUUGAGAGAAGUCAUUACAAUGAUGAGAGGUUUGUCAGUAAGGUAUCAAACCGGAACAGUGGAAUAAGAAGGCAGUACAAUGACGAGGUGAAUGACGGCUACGUAUACCCUGGGAGUAACUACAGAGGCAGCCAGUACGUAAAUGCAUAUGACAGUACCCACCAAACAUCUCGGAACAGAUAUCGAACUACGUAUGGGCCUGCCGUUAGUGCACGGUGCCAACUAAAUACCACAGCUCGUAACACACAGUACCAGAGAAGACAAACGUCAUCAUUACCUCGAAUUCAAGACUUGUUAUUUGGACCCAGUGGUACGGCAUCAGAGUCCGACGCCUUCCCUGAUAUACAAACUGAGGAUCUAAAUUUUGACUUGAUAAAGAGUACUCAGCGCAUUGCAUCUGCCCAGGAAAGCAAGUAUGGGGAACCGAGAAAGGAGAAAAUCGACGGAGACGAACAAAAGCAGAAACACUUUCGUCUGAUGUUAGAAUGUAUCAUCGGUGACAGUCCCUACUGGAGCAGAAUAUGGGCCAGUGUGGAAGAAGCAUUACUUGAAGAUGAGACUCCUGUUCCAAGAUUUGACCUGGCCCUGGAUACAGUCAUAUGUAUGGACACAUCCAGUAGCAUGCGGGGAGACCCUUUCCAAGAAAUGAAGAAAAUCACCACAGAUUUUAUCAAUGGGAUUGAGGACAUUGCAGAACGCUAUGAUGUUGAAGAAAAUAUUGCUCUGGUUACCUUUGGAGGAAGGGCAAACGUGGUUCAUCACUUAUCGAACGACUAUGGCAGUCUUCGCGAUGCACUAGAAAAGAUCAAACCCGGCGGUCCCUCUCCAAUCAUGGAAGGUGUUCUUGUCUCAAUGGCAUGUCUGGCAAAAGGUGGUGUAUUCAAGAUCAGUAACAGUAUGCAGCUUCGGCCACGAAUUAUAUUCCUAACUGAUGGCCUGCCAACAGGGGAGAUGCCCCAGACAUCACAGGACAGCAUGUUUACAGGGGAAAUGGAUAAAGAACGGAUCUCGAGAGCAUUUGCAGAGAUUAGAAGCAGACAACUCGACGAUUAUCUACCCGAUGAAAUUGUUUUUGUUCCCGUGGGAAUCUCUUGUAACAUGAAUUGCCUCCAAGCCCUUGCGUCAUAUUGUGAUGGAACAGUGGCAGACGCUUCAUCGGUGGCCAAGUUACCAACAUACCAAUUUCUGCACAAAAGUGCGAUUCGUGCCAUUGACUACAUACGAGACAACGACCAGGACUCGGCACUGUUUCGUGCGGGGUUACAAGGGGUGUUUAUGGAUAUGGAACCUGGGCUGGACAGUUCAGACAGGCGGGUGGUGUACAACAUACUUGCCCCGAAGGUUGACGCCUUGAUCAACCACGGCUCUGUCAACAAUUUUCAAAACAUACACGAGGACCCGGGACUGCCUCCCCUCGGUUCCAGAGUCGUCAGAGGGCCAGACUGGCUGUGGGGAAAUCAGGACACUGAGGGCCCAGGGACAAUAUUCAACCACGCGCUUGACAACAUUGUGUGGGUGAUGUGGGACAAUGACCACUCGAAUGCGUACAGAUAUGGACAGAAGGACAAGUACGACGUCAUCACAGUGGAGGACCAGCCUCGAGUCCUCAAUGAAUACUUGAUUGCUGUCGGUGUUCAGGUAGAGAGAGGUCCUGACUGGCAUCUUCUGUACGGGAAUCAGGACGGUGGACCGGGAAGCUACGGCAGCGUCAUUCGGGUUAUGGUGGGGAAAGUCAAGGUUCGAUGGCAGAGUGGUCGAAUGUACACCUACAGAUACGGCAUUGGAGGAAUGUUUGACUUAUCUAUUCGGGACCCUGUUGCCUCCAUCCUUGAAACAACUGCCAAAUCAGAAGUAUAUUCAAGCAAUACUUCAGGGCAUGAAGGUGUGCAGACGUUGCAGGAAGACAGGCCACACGUAUGGCAGAGACAGGACAAACAGAAUGGCUGGGAAUCAUACACAGAACUCAAUGACGCUAAAUUGAAGAAGGAAUAUGGGAAAAACUCACAAGGUUCCUGUUUAGUUCAGAGACAUGGAGAGAGUUUCAGGGUAUCAUUCAAAUCCCUACAAGAGCGCUCUGUAACUGACAAAACCUGGGUUCCGGUGCGGAAAUAUUUUGAAUAUACAACUGAUACUGGAAUUCUCCUUACAUCAGAUACCAUGACAGAUACCCGGUUUACCACGAUCAGUCCUGAUGUACAGCCCUACACGGUUCAAACGUGGGAUAAGGAAACACAAACUGAUCGUUCUCUACCAGAUGGAAGGGAAAUACAAUUCCGAGAAAUUCGCGGAAACCAUAUUCUGCAAAUUGGUUCCAACACAGUUGUUGACAUAAUAGUAACGAAGGACUUUUUGCAAAUGGCAAAGGAGGAUGGGGAAUAUUUAGUUUGUGAUAAGAACACACCAGUCGUCAUGCUAAAAUGGAGUGUAGCUAAAGAAAAUGAAUCGGAGGCAGUUAAAGCUGUGAAGUCACUUUGGAAACUACAGUUGAAGGAACUUUUUGAGAGCAUGUAUGGACAAGUAUUGUCACAUUUGUCACACAACUUCUUUUCGCCUCUCAGGGAAUUAAUUGUGGAUAUUUUCAAAAAGUAUGACGCCAAACUGGCUGGAAUCUUCAGUGGCUCUCUUCUGUUUGUGUUCUGGCAUGCUGAUGAAGAGUCAGCACAGAGCAUGGUUGCUGGCAAGGAGGUGGUGCGGGAGAUGUUCCAUCAGCUGCUGUUGGGUAUGGGCAAGGGGGAAAUAGAGUUCACGCUUGAUGCAGCUGUAGAUACAAGUGACAGUAUGGAGGCUGUAGCAAGUGGCAAAGUAGGUGGUGGUGAAGAGGUUGAUGCUGAUCCUCUGGCAAGUCUCACUGAAGGAAUUGAUCCUCUGACUGAUGCAAAUAUCCAACUAAAGACCAACGAGGAGACCUCAAAGAAAGGAGCGGAUUUGAAAGAGCUCGAGAGUAGAUUACAAUCAAUGGAAAGCAGCUUCAGAAGGAUGCAGCGCGAGAUGAAUGAACAUAUGGACAGUACUCGCGGUGAUAUGGGAAGAGGAUUGAAGGAGAUGAGAGACGUUACACAGACCCUCAUAGAAACUGUGCUGAAGAAGACAUCAGAGACACCACAGGACAAGGAACCGACGCGAUCUGAACAUACUCUACCCACUGAUCCGCUUGAUGUGUCAGCACUGAUGGAGAAGAGACAAGGUUUUCCGAUCGCCCCAAUGACUUUGGUGCAGUUCCAGCAAACGGCUUACGCGGCGAAUAUGGUGAAUGCAGUGACAGCAGACAGUUCCCUCAGAACUAAGUCAACUGACCAGCCAACAUCCAUGACCGAGCGCAAUGAACCCACGGAAGUAGCAUCUAAUGUAAUGGUAGAAGAAGCAGCAGAUGAACAGCAAAUGUCAGGACCAGGUUCAGCUGACAUACCUGUAUCCCUUGAAGGUACAGCGAUUGAGAAGGAUACAGGGAUCCUUCCAUCAAGAUCCGCAAAAGACAUUCCAUGUGAACCAAAUGAUUGCGCAGUACCUGCAAAGCAAAAGUAUGGAGAGGCUGAGCAGCUGUUGAGCUCCCUGAAUGUAGCUGAUGUGGGAGUGGGGGCAUCUGAUCCGGGAGUGAGACGUUUGACUGUGGCUGUGGCUGCAGCUCUGGUUCACGAUGUUCCACCACCACCGAGGGCAAUGAGCUUGGACACUCUCUUAUGCAUUGAUGUAUCAGACAGCAUUGGGAUGCCAGGCUUAGAGGAGGUCAAGCAGAUUGCUAAGAACUUUGUAGAUGGAAUUGAGGACAUAGCUGAGCAGCACGGACUGGAGGAGAAUGUGGGCGUGGUGUCACUGGGAGGAGGAGCCAAGGUCGUCCAGCAGCUCACCAAUGACUAUGGAGCUGUCAGAGAUGCUAUAGGAAACCUGGUCUGUUGUGGAAGAAGUCCAAUAUUCGAAGCUCUCCUGGUAUGUGUUGCGGCAAUGAAAGAAGGAGGGGGAGUAUUAAGCGUUGGAGGAGCACACAAGAUACGGCCAAGGAUAAUAUUUAUCACAGAUGGCCUGGCUACUGAUGAAAGCUACCCAGUAGGACAAGAUACAGCCUCAACAGAUCUCAAUACAAAAAUCCAGUUAAUCCAACUGAUGGGCGAACUUUCCCCAAAGAAGAAUAGUUCAACUCCACAUCCAAUAACAUGGGUCCCUGUCGCAGCUGCGGACAGGUCAUUCCUUUCGUCCCUCUCAAAACUUGGCGACGGAAACAUUGUUGAGGGAAAGGAUAUUACAACUCUUUGCACCUACUACAGAGUACAGGAUAGCAUUGGGAAAAUUUACAUGUGUGUAGAAUCUCGUGAAUGGGAAAACUUGAGCGAGGCCGUGGAGGUAAUGGCGGGGGCCUUUAUCGGAGAUAUGACGCCUGAAGAGAAGCGUUCCAUCAUUCAAGAAGUGAAGGCGAAAAUUGAAAGAAAGGACUCUAGCGCUGUUGAUGAUGAUCCUGAUGAUUUUGACAACCUAAAGGAGCUAAAGGACUUGCCUCCUCUUGGGUCAAGGGUCAGCAGAGGUCCUGCCUGGAAAUACCAGGACCAAGAUGCAGGUGGACCAGGCACAGUCAUCAAUCAUGCUGAUGAUGAGAAGCAUGUCUGGGUCGAGUGGGACUUGAACAGUGUUGCAUGUCGAUACAGAUUUGGCUCCAAGGGCAUGUAUGACAUCAUUGAGGAGGAUAACCAACCGAGGAUUCUAAAGCCGGAUGAGCUGAUUGAGAUUGGAUGCAGAGUGAGAAGAGGCGAUGAUUGGUCAAGUGGUGAUACAGCUGGAGGCCCUGGUAACAUUGGUGUUAUCAUCAGGAAAAGGCAAGAUGGCAAAGUGAAAGUGAGGUGGCACAAUGGGGUAAUUCAAGCCUGUAACUAUGGGUACGAUGGAAAAUUUGAACUUGCGAUAUGCUCCUUAGAAGAUAUCAUACCUUCCGGACAGAGAGAAACGACACUCAGUGCGGAUGUUGCUUCAAAGAAAGGCCAUGCUAUGCCAACUCCAGAGAAGCCUCACGUGCUGUGGCAGUGGCACGAUGACCGAGGCCAGUGGCGGUUAUAUGAUGGGGGAGAUACUGACAAACUAAACAGAGAAUUUGCCCGAAAACCAACCGGAUCCUGUAUAUUACAGAAGCAAGGGAGAAGCUUCCGUGUUUUGUUCAACUUGAUGAAAGAAAAAUGUGUGGAAUAUAGCACCAUGCAUGAAGUGAGACGUCUAGUUGUGAGUGAUGAAGACCGAGAUGAAUUCAUCGCCAAGGAAAUUUCAAUCAGUGAUGAAAGUUCAUGGACAUCAUGUUAGAUCUCCAAAUGAGGAGGAUCUUGUACAUACAAUGAUUUGGAACCAAUUUAACACUGUCCUUUUACCAGUACCUAUUACAACAACGUGUAUAAUAAAUACUGAUACAUCUACACACGUAUUCAAUGCAACCCACUUCAUGACACCCUCAGUCUGAAACCAUUAAGUGUUUAAUAUAUUCUGUCAAUGACAGAAUAUGUUGUUUCCAGGGUAUGAUGUGGACUCUACGAGGUUUGCAACUGUAUUUGUUUGGGAAAUAUGCAUAAUACGUUUCGUACCGAUGUAACUUAUUGCUACUAAAUUGAAACUAAAUGGAGCACGUUUGUACUGUUGAUCAUUGGGAACAAAACAAUACCUUUGAUAUGUUAUCCAAUGCAGGUCAGUUUUAAACACACAUUAUACAUAUAGAUAUAUGUCGGAAUAUUUUCGUAACACAACUUAUAGCAUAGUGUCCAAUACGUAAGUUGCUCACACCUGAACCUGAUAACAAUAACUGAGAUGUGUGGUCUCAUCUGAUUCAAUGAACUAAUGCAAUUUGGAAUGAUCUUUCAUCCAUAUUGGAUAUCUGAAUUUAAUAACCUUUCAUGUGGCAAGAAAUAUUGUAAAUAAAACCAUACUUUUUAAUGACUAAAUCUUUCAUUGGUCUUAUGCGCGUAAUUUGAAAUAACUAUAACUGCAUAUUUCUUGAAAUUACGGGAUGUCACAUAAUGACGACUCUAUAGUCAACUAAUAUCCAGUAUCCUACGAAUGAGGUAUUUUACCUUGGACGUGAGUGCUGAUUGAGUCUGGCAAGAAACCAACAUUUUUGGUAUUGGUUUCUGUUCUCAUUUUCAAUAAAGUAUAACUUUUC